AUGGAGGCCUGGAUCCGCAGCCUCGCGCUGCGCGACCGCCUGCACCGCUUCCUGCCGCAGCCCUGCCCCGUGACUCAGCCGCGUAUGCAGGAAGAGAUGCUCAUCCCGACGGCCCUAUUGCUGCUGCAGCUGCUGAGCUGCUCCCACGCCGUGCACUGGACCUACCGAGAGGGCGAGCUGGAUGAAGAGCACUGGGGGCUGCACUUUGCUGCCUGUGCUGGCAAGCAGCAGUCUCCCAUUGACAUCCAGAGGAAGAAGGUGGUGUACAACGUGCAGCUGCUGCAGCUGGAGCUGAGCGGGUACGGCCAGCCACUGCAGGGGGACUUCACCAUGACCAACAACGGGCACUCGGUCCAGAUUGAUUUGCCACCCACCCUGUCCAUCUCCCGUGGGCUCCCGCGCCCCUACACCGCAGUGCAGAUGCACCUGCACUGGGGAGGCCUGGACCUGGAGACCAGCGGCUCCGAGCACACGCUGGAUGGGAUGAGAUACGUGGCAGAGCUGCACAUCGUCCAUUACAACUCUGCAGACUACUCAAGCUUUGAAGAAGCCAAAGACAAACCCAAUGGACUGGCGGUGCUUGCCUUCUUGUAUGUGGUAGGACACCUGGAGAAUACCUACUACAGUGAAUUCAUUUCCAAAUUGGCAAAAAUCAGGUUUGCAGGUCAGUCAACCAAGCUUACCUCUCUGGAUGUCCAAGCCAUGCUGCCAGAAAACCUCUCACACUUCUACAGGUACCAGGGCUCGCUCACAACCCCACCCUGCUCUGAGAGUGUCACCUGGACCAUUUUUGACUCUCCUAUCAUCCUGUCACAUGCACAGAUCAGCCUGCUGGAGAACACCUUGCUGGACUGGCACAACAGGACGCUGCGCAACGACUACCGGCACGCACAGCCCCUGCACGGCCGCGUGGUGGAGGCCUCCUUCCAAGCCAGGCCCAGACAAGAACAAUGCCAGCCAGAAGAACUCAGCCUCAAACUGGAACAAAUCCACACACAGCUCCGAGACAUGAAGAAAGAGUUCCUGAAUGGAGUGAGCCACACAGGUAAGAACACUCUGUUUCUAAGUAUUACAUCCAGCACUUUCCCAGCUUUCUACUUCCCCAUGGAAAACAUUGAGAGCUUUGUGGAGGUUCGUCCCAGCCAUGAGAUGUCUCUCCAAGCCUUCACCCUGUGCUUCUGGACACAAGCCCAGCAUGUGGGCACUCAGACUGUUCUCUCCUACUCCACACGGGAGAGGGACAACGAGCUGGUGAUGACCACAGGCACAGACGUGGGAUUGUGGAUAGGAGGCCAUUUUGUCAGAUUCCCCCUCUACCACAAGGCACAGGACUGGCUGCAUUACUGCAUGGCGUGGGCUUCCCAGUCUGGAAUAGCAAGUCUGUGGCUCAAUGGAGCUGCUGGUGAUGCAAAGAGCAUCCAGAAAGGCUAUGUGAGCCAGGCUGGAGGGAUGCUUGUCCUUGGGAAGGACAGGGACACUCUUCUUGGGACAUUCUCCAAUGGGUUUGCAGGGUGGAUGACACAUGUGAACCUGUGGAGCCAAGUCCUCAGCCCUGCAGACAUUCGGUCACUUGCACAGUGCAAAGCAGGAAAGCUGAAGGGAGAUGUCAUUGCAUGGGGGGAAACCCCCAUGACCCUCUUUGGGGGGGUGGUGCUGGAGGCUGACACCAGCUGUCAGUGACCCCAGUAUAUAUAUAUUUUAA